AUGGAUGUUCCACCUGCUUAUGCUGACCUGGGCAAAUCUGCCAGAGAUAUUUUCAACAAGGGAUAUGGUUUUGGGUUAAUAAAACUUGAUUUGAAAACAAGAUCUGAAAAUGGACUGGAAUUUACAAGCUCAGGUUCAGCAAACACAGAAACAAGCAAAGUCAAUGGCAGUUUGGAAACAAAAUACAAGUGGGUGGAAUACGGGUUGAUGUUCACAGAGAAGUGGAACACAGACAACACGUUAGGCACCGAGAUCACUCUUGAAGAUCAGAUUGCACAUGGCCUGAAGUUGACCUUUGACUCCUCCUUCUCUCCUAACACUGGGAAGAAGAGUGCUAAAGUGAAGACAGGGUACAAAACGGAUCACAUCAACAUCGGCUGUGACAUGGAUUUUGAUAUUGCGGGCCCUUCAAUCCGAGGGGCCGUGGUGCUGGGCUACGAGGGCUGGCUGGCAGGUUACCAAACCACUUUUGAGACAGCCAAGUCUAGGGUGACCCAAAGCAACUUUGCUGUUGGCUAUCAGACUGAUGAGUUCCAGCUUCAUACUAACGUGAAUGAUGGAACAGAAUUUGGAGGCUCCAUUUACCAGAAGGUGAAUGAUAAACUGGAAACUGCCGUGAAUCUUGCUUGGACAGCGGGGAAUAGCAACACUCGCUUUGGAAUAGCAGCCAAGUAUCAGAUUGACCCAGAUGCCUCUUUUUCUGCUAAAGUGAACAACUCCAGUCUGAUUGGAUUAGGGUACACUCAGACUUUAAAGCCAGGUAUCAAACUGACAUUGUCAGCUUUGCUGGAUGGCAAGAAUGUCAACGCAGGUGGUCACAAGCUUGGUCUAGGACUGGAAUUUGAAGCAUAAGUGAUUCUACAAUCACUAAAUUGAAAAUACAGCAUAGCUACCUGCAGAAUCUAGUGUACCUUUCGAUGUUGUAUGUCUGGGAUGCGAGUAUUGCUAAGUGUCAGUCCUGCUAGUCCUGGUUAAAGACAGCUAAGCUUUAAAAAUGAUGAUGUUACAGAAAUGGAGACAAAAGCAUUAAGAAAAAAAAAUCCUAAUUCCAGGCUUUUUUUGGAAUGUUAUUUAUCAUCACAUCCAUCAGCUGCCACAUGAUAGGAGGUAGGAAGGUAGUGAUUACCUUUAUUGCCUGCACAAGGAAUAUGUUAAUGUGGUAUAAAACCUGUUGACUUUGAGAUUUGCAGACCACU